AUGUCAGCCCAUUCCCCUGACCCUUUUGGCCAAAAAGCGCCUUCCGGGGAGGGGGGUGAAAACCCUGCUUUUUCUAUCUCUUCUUCGUCGGAGGAGGGGCCUUACUUCUCCCCUUCGGGUAAACUCUUGGAACGACCCAAGAAGAAGGGCAGGAAAGAGGUUUCUUCUUCUGCGAGGAGUGGUUCGCCCUCCGUAUCUGGGGGGAGGGAUUUAGAUGACCAAUGGGGGCCCAGUACCCUGACCGACAUAGAUCUGGCUAACUUAGUCCGCGACAUAGGCCUCUCCACCGAUGUCGAGUUGAUUCUUCCUUCGCGAGAUGACCGUCCUUUAACUCCCCCCUUAGGUUUCAGUACUUGGUUUUCAGAGCAGUUUUAUUUCGGUCUAUCCUUCCCUAUCUCGCCUUGGUUUUCUGAAAUUGCCCAGCUAUGUAAUGUGUCCCUUAAUCAAUUCCACCCUCACGCUAUAAUAAUUAUGACGGGAUUCCGUAUGCUAUGUGCUUGGUCGGGGGUGAUUCCUACACCAGCUCGAUUCCGAAGUGUCAUGGUAUUGAAAAAUUCCAGUCCUUUCCAUGUUUCUAUCUCGGCUCGUCCGGGUUUUAAAAUUCUGAUGCCACCUAAUAAAACCGAUGGGUGGCAAGGUCAUUAUUUCUUUGCCAGAAAUCCUGUUGACACGCCCUAUUUAUGUCCUUGGCUCGCCACCCUACCUGAAAAGAAAAGAGGUAAACCUUUGGCGGUUGACGAAUGUUUAUUAAAAAUGAUAUCCCAUUUUCAACCGAGUCACGGCGUCCCGGAUAGCCUCACCAGCUUUCCGCCGAUGCUCCGCCACUUCCGUUUUCACGACAACGGCACAUAUUCUCUAACUCGAGAAGAUUUAGGUGGGUUCGGUUAUAACACUAAUUCUUACUUCGACUCACUGUCUCACUUGGAUCUAAGGAUGAAGAGGAUGUUCCGAGGUGACAAGCCGGCUACCCGUCCGUCCGAUCCGGAACCUGGGUUCGAGGCGUCUGAGUUUCAGCGUCCUCUAAUCGCCGAAUCCGAGAAAAGAUCCUCGGAGGAAGGGGCUCUAAGGCCCAGGCCAUCGAAGAAAAACGCCGCUCCUCCUCGCGCCCGCGGUGGACCUGCUUCGCGAACUGAGGAUUCUGAGCCUCUUAAACAAUCCUCUGCGAUAGUUCUCGCCCAGUCACCGCCUCCUUCCUCGACCGAAGAGGUGGUAGAGAGAGAACCUGCUCCGAAGAAACGGAGAUCUGAGCUGGCCCUUGGGGCGGCUGGGUCAGCUUUACCGGCCGACUUUGGACUAUACCUCUGCCGGAAUGCUGAAAACGCCAUUGCUGCGUGCCGGUCCUUGGCAUUCCCCACCGAUGUCGCCCAUUUCGGGCAAAUGAGUAAGGGCGACCGACUUGAGUUGCUUCUCCAUAACAUUACACAGCAAUUCGCCAUCGCCUUUUCGGGUCCUUUGGGGUGGGACGAUGUGUCACGCGAGGCGUAUGAUAAUCAGAGGAAAGAGGUGAUGCAGCUCCGGAAGGAAGUCCGGGGUUUAAAGGAGAGCCUGGGGAUGUCGGAGUCUUCGAAGGAGGGGCUGUUUGCCGAAGUGAAGAGGCUGAAAGAGAGAGAAAAAAUCCUUGAAGCUGAAAAAGACUCCCUUGCAUCCCACAAUGCCAGUUUGGAGGAGAAAGCUAAGGGGCUUUCCAACGAGCUGUUCGCAGCUGGAGUACAAGCUUCCACCAAUUUCACCGAAGGGGUGAAAGAGGGGCAAAGGUUGUUCCCGGGGUCGCCCGAGGGUCUUCGCUUCAUCGAGGAGUUUGUUCGCCGCUUCUUUCACCGAUUAUGGCGUUCCACCACUUUUACUCGAGAAGCUUCAGGUUUAGCUCGUUUCUUCUUUUCGUCAGCGGUUGCGGCUGUUCGGAAGAGGUUAGGCGGUGCCGGCAUCGAGUUCCCGUUGGUGGAAAACGAACUGGCGGAGGACCUCCCCGACGACGUGAUUCCGGGUUUUGAGGGGGAUGUAAAUGAGGAUCCCAACUUAGAGUGGUGGAGGCCGGUUUAUCAAGGCCUUGUUGAAGAAUUCUCCCGUCAAGGGGCUAUCACCGACUUUGCCGGAGAUAUUGGGGCCCUUGGAACGGCGGUUAGUUCCGAAGAGGCACAGCCAGGCCUCGUUUCGCCGCCCCCUCCGGAUGCUGAGAAUCGGAGUGAAGCAGACACGGCCAUCCCGAAGUGA